AUGGGUGUUACGAAUGGAAAAUAUGAUGUUGAUUUCACAGAAGAAGCCAACCUUGACCACUUUAAAUUAUUACGUGUUGUUGGUCGAGGAGCAUUCGGAAAGGUUCGAAUUGUUGAAAGACGUGAUAACAAAAAACUCUUUGCAUUAAAGUAUAUUUCAAAGGAAGAAUGCAUAAAGAUGGAUGCGCUGCGUAAUGUACUUAGGGAACGAUCGAUGUUGGAAGAAUUGGAUCAUCCGUUGGUAUGCAAUCUACGUUUUGCAUUCCAGGACGAUGAAUAUAUGUACAUGGUUAUGGAUCUUAUGAUGGGCGGUGAUUUGAGAUUUCAUUUAAAUCGUAAAACAUUCACCGAGGAUGCGAUUCGAUUUUGGAUAGCGGAGUUAGCAUGUGCGAUAAGAUAUCUACAUUCAAAAAGAGUUGUUCAUAGAGAUAUUAAACCGGAUAAUGUUCUUCUUGAUGACCGAGGCCACGCCCAUUUAACAGAUUUCAAUAUUGCAACACAUAUAAGGACAGAUAGACCGCUGACGUCACAUUCGGGCACUUGUGCCUAUAUGGCUCCAGAAGUGUUCAGAGGGGGUGGCUAUGGCGUUACGGUCGAUUGGUGGUCACUUGGCGUUAUGUUUUAUGAGUGUAUAUAUGGAAGGCGUCCGUUUGAAUGUGAUAACCAAGAAGAGUUAAAGAAAAUGAUCGUCAAAGCACCGAUCAAAUAUCCUGACAUGGAUCCACCUGUUAGUCCUUCUUGCAUCUCUGCAAUUCAAGGUUUUCUUGAACGAGACAUUACAAAGCGUUUGGGCUGUGGCCCUAAUGGGUUUGCUUUUAUUCAAAACCACACAUUUUUUCGUAACAUUGAUUGGUCAUCGUUGGAAAAUAAGAGUUUAAAUCCAAUAUUUCGCCCUUCAUCAGAUAGAAUCAAUUUUGACGCUACAUAUGAUUUAGAAGAAUUGCUUUUGGAAGAACAACCGCUGGAAGCGAAAUCACGCCGACGAAAACCUAGAAAAUAUAAGGAUGGUGAAGGAUCUGAAAAAGAAGCACAAUAUCAAUUGAUUGAAGAGAAAUUUAAGCCAUUUGAUUAUACAGUAUUUGAAAGAUAUGAAGGCUGGGUAGACCCAGUCACCAAAUGUGUUGCGGAACCACCAGAAUGGGUUAAACCAGCUGCUGUUGAGUUAGCCAAUCAAAUGGAAAGAGAAAGCCAAGAUGGAAUUGGUACAGGAUCAGGUGAUCUUAGUAGUUUAGCAGGAAUACCUUUAGAAGGUGGGGUUCAGGUUUAA